AUGCAUAAUCUACCCGUCGAACUCGUCAACCACAUUCUCACCUUCAUCGACCCCGAAGCCGAUCUACAAAGUCGCAUCUACCAAGACCCUGCAAAGCUCUCGAGACCUGUCUCAUCUGGACCAAAUACACCUUUGAAGAAUGCUUCGCUAGUCUGUCGUCUCUGGAGAACUUCUCUGAUAAAACCUCUCUUUCGACAUGUCGUCUGGUCCUUUUGGCGCUUCUUCAAGCCAACUACGCAAGACAUCGUAUCCGAAAUCGAGGUCUUGAGUUUCAUACGUCGCAACAACUUGUCAUCCACUGUCGAGAGUUUCACCAUUCUAAUUGAUGUUCCGAAAAAAUCUGGUGAGAUUCAAGAUCCUGAUGCCCAGUUCUGGGGAGUUUUGCCUCCUGCAGUGCUUCGACCAGAGGCACGUCCCACCAUGUACUGGUCACACUCUGUGUCGGACAAUGAGCGCGACGGCGACCACGAACAAAUCAGAUACAUCCAGGACAGGAUAGAGGUCUAUCAUGACAACAACUGGCUUUGGCAUACUAUAUUCAACGUUAUAGAUCCUUUGCGUAUCACAUUAAUCAGCCCAAUAGACACUCUCGCCUGUCUUGUAAGCCGAUCUGUCGAUCUGUCGAGUAACUGGGCUUUCGAUAACACCUACCAUGUUCUAUCGUUAUCACGACCAUCUCGUAGCCCCGGGCACAAGAGAGGAUCAGAUCUGCUACCGUCACAGCUAGCUGGACUGCGGGAUCGUAUACCUUGCGACUUAUUUCACAUCAGAGACUGGCCCUCACUUCUCAUUAACGAAGGAUCCUUUGCACCCGUCUACUCCACCUACGAAUUCUUUCACUACUCGGCAGCAACUCUCCUCCCAGCUAUUUUCGACAGUUCAGACCCUUCUUUUAGCAUAAUGUGCGAAAAUCUCAAAUCGCUAUCAUAUAUCGCUACGUUCCCUCUUUCCCACCAGAUCUCGGACUUUCUCAUCCCUCACUGUCCACCCGUUGAGCACCUGUUCGUGCAGCUCAUGCCCAAGGACCGCGACUUUUGGGAAAGCAGCAGUCUUGCAAAGGUUAAUCUUUCUGAUCUGUGGCUCGAGUGCGAUACAUCAUAUGCUCUCCUCGUGCGCCAGAUGCUGCAACCUGUUCCUCAGCAGGGUUGGCAAAGGUUGAGAGUAUUUGAGUCGGGCGACAAGCCAGCUGAAGGCGUCUGGAGGAUGAAUACGUACGAUGCCCAGAUCAAUGGCGUAAAUGGGUGGAAGGAAGAAAGCGAGGGUGUUUUCGUCAAGGAUGUUUCCCAAGACGACAGCCAAGAACAAGCAGAACAAGCUGCAGAAGAUGAACUUUGA